AUGUUUUGGCUGGCUAAUGUUGCUACUGAUUUGGUGAGUUGAGUUUGUAUUACUUUUGUCAUUUUUUUUAAACCAAGAUAUUAAAAAUGGUAUUAAAUUAUUUAAAAAGUAAUGAGCCAUAACUUAGAAGAGGUAAAAUAGACCAUUUUCAGAGCGCCAAACAAGACGAUGGUGUAUUCAUCAUGGUGGUAAAUGGUUUAGGUAAACACUUUGGUCGUUUAACUCAAAUAUCUUUGGUAGCUUGGUACGCUGGCUCUCUGUGUUUAGUUAUGACUCUGUUGCCAGCUCAAGCUUACUUUAGAUAUUAUUAUUUAAAAAAGUAAGUUUUUAAAGAUUUAUUUAGUUAUAAAGCAUAUCCUUUUAAGGCAAUCUUGAUCAAAAGUACUGAAAGUAGUACUAGACCAAGUUUUAUAAGUAAUACUGCAUAUAUUACCAAAUCAUUUAUUAAAAGCGAUGCUAAAAAUAGUACUAGGCCAGAUGAAGAUAUGUCCAUCUAUCCAGCCUACAAACUGACUUUGUGGAGGUGUUCUUUAUCUUUAUAUCAGACCCUUAAUUAAAGCGCCUGUUGGAUAAAAGGGCUAAAUAACACCUACAACAAUAGUAUUAUCCCAGACACUCGAAUUAAUACUAAAAAUAGUACAGUCUAAAUUUUUAAAACUAGUACUGAAAAUAGUACUUGACCAAGCCUUAAAAGUACUACUGAAAAUAUUGCUAGUUCAAGUCUUCUUGGAUGUAGUACUAAAAAUUGUACUGGACCAAUUUCCAAAGGUAUUACUACACAAAAUAGUGGCAUAGAAGUAAUAUUAAAAAAAAGUAAUUAUGGCAAACUAAAAAAAAAGUUGCAGCAAGCGCCUGAUAAGCCGAACAAAAGGAAUAUGUGUGAUCUUAACAGCAAUUAUCGUGACUAUUCCAUGGGCAGCCAGCUUCCGCGUAGCAUUUGAUGUCUCCGCCAAUGUAUGGCCAGAACAUAAUUAUGCUGAAAACUGGUUCAAACAGUCUCCCUUGCCAACGUUUGUCAUUGGCAAUAUUGUGAGUGUCAUAAAAACGUUUAGGGUAGGGCAGGAAAAAAUAGCUUUUUUUUAUAAACAGUCCACUGUAGCAUACUGUAACAUAAACUAAUAAAUUCCAAUAAUUUUAGGAAUCAAUCUACACUAAACUUUACUUUAUCUCUGGGAUGUUUUCGAUUAAUCUUCCCUUUGCUAUGUUUAUUUAUCUUUGCAAAUUGACAGUGAAUAUUAUUCAUAAAGAUCAACAUCACUAUUCGGACAGAACAAAAAGAUUACAUCAACAAAUAAAUACUUUUUUAAUUUGUCAGGUGAGUAUUCAAUAACAUUUUGAGGUGAUUUAGGCUAACUAGUAUGACGUGGCAUAUUCAUUUUUUGUACUAUAUAGCAUUACUAAGGUUAAGCACAGUACUACUACAUUUAGGAUUAGCAUUAGUAGUUUUCGGACCUAGUACUACUAAUUUUAAAACCUGUACUACUAAAUUUAGACCCUGUAAUACUAAAUUUAGACCUAACGCUAGUAAAUUUUGGACUUAGUACUACUUUUUUUAGACUUAGUAAUAAAAUUUAUAUGUUAGACCCUGUACUCUAAAUUUAGACUUAGUCCUAUUAUUUUUAAACAUAUUACUACUAUAUUGUUAUUUAAUAUUACAAAUUUUAAACUUAGUACUACAACUAAAAACAUGAAACAAUAUACUUUAGGCUACAAUAACGUUUGGAAUAGCCAUAAUUCCAUCAACAAUCAUUUUCAUUCCUUUAUUCUGUCAUAUCAAUAUGGGUUUGGCACCUUAUGUUGGUUUCAUGCUCCUCAGCUGGAUUCCAAUGUUUAAUCCACUAAUGUCAAUGAUUGUCAUUGCACCUUAUCGUCGAGUUUUGUUUGGCCGAUUCGUAGAGAGAAAGAGUGGUACUGUACUUCCUACCAGUUCAUUAGCUACUGCAACCAAAAAAUCUGGUAAUGAAGCUUGA